AUGGGUGAUGAGUUGGUGGAGUUCAAGAUUGGCAAAGUGGUUUGUGGUAAAUGGAAAGUCAUGGAGAAGCUUGGAGCUGGUGGAUGUGGGGCUGUGUACGAAGUGGCAGAACCAAAUCGGCUUCGAUAUCGAGCGGCUUUGAAGGUAUGAGGUCUUUGAGUCUUAUUUGUAUGAUUUUUGUUGAAUAUCUGGCUAGAAGUGGCUUGUUAUUUUGGUUUUUGUUGUUAUAGGUACAAGAAUGUAUCUUUUUUAAAAGAAACCUGUCAGAAGAGAGAAUAUACUUCAAGUUUUAUAUUGUUUUAGGUUCAAAAAUCUACAGAUUUACUAAUCAUAGCCCUUUUCUUUACAAAAACAGCUUAAAAUAGGUAACAAAGACACAAAUUUUCAGGUCGAGUCAAACAACAUUGAAGACGGCGGAGUUCUGAAGCUGGAAGCCGAAGUUUUAACCAAGCUGUCUUCACGAAAAAAGUGUAUCCGCCUUCUGAAUUCGGGGAAACGAAAAACCUACUCGUUCAUCGUCAUGACUCUUUGUGGACCUGAUCUCAUGUUUCUGAAACGAGUUGAUGCCGAUAAGAAAUCCAUGUUCAAACACGUUGACAACCGUUUUUCGCCUGAAACUGGCGUUAGGAUUGGAGUGCACGCUUUGUAUGCUAUCAAACAGGUGGGGGUUAGUCGAAAAGUUUAGGGAAUUUUGGUUUUUUUGGUCGAAAAGUAGAAAGAGCUGGGGUUUUUUGGUCCAAAGUUUGUUCAAAUAAUUCUGUACCCCCUUAACUCCGAAAAUUUGCUUAGGGGUACAGAAUUAUUUGAAACACCUAAAUAAAACUCAACUUCAGCUCCACGAAAUUGGCUACGUUCACCGUGACGUCAAGCCAGGGAACAUGGUCAUCGGCGUCAGCGGCUACGACACUCGUGUCAUCUUCAUGAUCGACUACGGUAUGGUACGCUCCUACGCCGGACCAGGACCAGACGGCAAAAUGCAGUUACGCAAAGCCAGAAACAAGGUGCUACUGAGAGGCACGCUACGCUACUGCUCAUUGGCUGUUCACGAACGUCGCGAGCAAGGCCGGGUCGAUGAUUUGUGGUCGUUGAUGUACAUGUUGGUGGAAUUGUUGGUUGGUCUACCGUGGUCGAAUGAGACGGAAGAAGCGCCAUUGAAGGAUGUUAAGCAGGGUACCACUUGUGAAAAGUUGUUUCAGGGCUGCCCUCGGGAGUUUAACAAGAUUACGGACCAUUUGAAGGAGCUGAAGUAUGAUAACCGACCGAAUUAUCGACUGAUCUACGAUUGUGUAGGUGAUUUUGGGGUUUUUAGCGUUUUUUGUACUAUAAGGUAACAUUUUGAUGAAUUUUUGUGUGUUUUCUUGUUGUUUUUGAUAUUUUUGGUAUGUUAAGGUACACGUUCGAUGAUUUUUUGUGGUUUUAAGCCUACAAUUUAGUGUAUUUUAUAAUUGAACUUUCGUAUUUUACAUAUUUUAUAAAUUUACGGCUGUUUUUUAGUUUAUUGAAUCGAUGAAACGAAUGAAGGUGACCUUCUCUAUGCCAUACGACUGGGAAGAGAAGGUGGAUACUGCAGACUUUUCGGCUCUGAGCAUUUCUGAAGGAAGAAACGAGAAAAACAACAAAAAACCAACACGUAAGUUUUUAAAAAUUUGAAUUUUGGUACUUGAAAAUUUAGGUUUUUAAAAUUUUUCUAUGGUUUGGUACUUAAACAAUGGCGAUUUUUUAAAUUCUAUAAAUUAAAGUGGCUUUUUUAAUCAAUGGUGGUUUUUUGAUUUUUUGUGGUUUAAUCAAACUAAUAAGCGUUAUUGAUAAUGAAAAGCAUUAAAAAGUAAGAAAAGUAAGUAUUUUAGCCGAAGAAUACGAAUGGAAGUGCUAUCCUACUACUGACCCUAAGGCAUUCGACGAAAAAGUGAUUGAUGUAUGA